AUGGAAGAUGCCCAGCCUGACGGUAACUGUGGGUUUCGAUCGGUGGCUAUGGGUUUGGGAUUGGACCAGAAUGCUUGGAUGUGGGUCCGCCAAGAGCUACUGGAUGAGAUGUUAAUUAACAAAGCCCGGUGGUCGCCUAUUCUUGACUCUUUUGAUCCGGGAUUUUACACUACGGUAUAUCGAUCAAUAAACUGGUUGCAUGUGGAACCUGCACCAAUGGCAUGUUGGAUGUUCUUGCCAUACGUCGGAUUGUUGGUGGCUCAAAAAUUUGGUGUGGUUGUUCAACAUUUACGCAAUGGUGUUUGUCAAACAUACUUUCCCAUGUUUGAUGGUCCGGAGGAGGGCCAUUCUGUUCUUUCGAUUGCCUAUGUGGAAGAUGGCCAUUUCAUCAUGGUUAAGUUAACGGAUGAUGGUCCGAUGCCUCCACCGAAUGGACUAUGGAAUAUGUAUCGAAGUACUGAAGCUAUGGAGUGGGAGACAAUGUACAUGUCUCGUCUUUCACAGGGUAAGAAGUUACUUCGUAGUAAUAGAAGUGUUCGAAGAGACUUUAUUAACUUGUUGUAG